GCUAUAAAACCCUCGAAGCCUUCACCGGUUGGUUGCGAAUCGCGAUGGAGAAAGAAGAAAAGGCGACGACGACUUCGACCUCGGCGUCACCGUCGGUCGGCAGCGGCGACCUGAAGUCGGAGGCGGAGGCGAAGGUGAGAAUCGCCGGAGCGUGGUCGGGGGUCAUCGAGGUUGAACUGGAGGCAUGGACGCUGCCGAUGCUCCGCCAAGAAGUGGCUCGGCGGGCGGGCGCCGCCCCGGACUGUGUCAAUCUGAUCUGCGGGGGAAAGGUCCUGAGGGACGACAGCCGGGCGAAGCCGCUGGGGCAGUUGGGGCUCAAGAACAACGCCAAAGUGCUCGCUACCGUCGUGCGUGGCGACCGGGGGAAAGCGAUCAAUGAUCAAGCGGCCUCUGAGGCCGAGCAUGCGAAGAAGCUUGCGAGAAUCAGGGAUGCUGCUAAAGCUUUAAGUGAAAGGCAUGCAGAUGGUUCACUUCCUCUGGAGGACUACAAUAUAGAACUAGAGGAUCAGAAUGGUCAAAAAUUGAUGUUGGGAUCUGAAUCAGAUAAAAAGGCUUUGAUGAUGGGUUUGAUGCUGCACACAAAUGCUAGAAGCCUCGUUAGAAAACAGAAGUUCAAGGAGGCCUUGGAUGUUCUGUACAUGGGAGAGGAGGCUUUCUCUCUUUGUGAUCCUAAACUUACUGAGAUGAUUGACAACGUGCCGAUACUUCAACUAGAUAUUGUGUGGUGCUACUUCAUGCUCCAGGACAUAUCGUGUUUAGCAGUGGCUGGAAUUCGGCUAGAAAAUGCUAGAAAAGGUUUUGAACGUUCCCAUGGUAAAGAUUCAACUCGCUUGAGGCUCCUCCAAGCUGGUUAUCGAGCAGAACUUGCCACAUAUCUGAGACUAGAGCUCUUGGAAGGGGUAGUGGCUUAUCAUAGUGACAAGUAUGAAGAAGCUCGUAAAGCUUUAAGCUCUGCACAGGCCAAAUAUAUGCAGCUUCAAGUACCCGAUGAAGCUUUGUCACUGCUUAUGGGAAUGGGUUACAAAGAAAAUGCAGCAAAAAGGGCCCUAAGAAUGACUGGUCAAGAUGUUCAAUCAGCAGUUCAUUUCCUGGUUGAAGAGCAAGCUAGGAAAAUACUCAGGAAACAGGAGAACAUUCAGCGACAAGCGGAGAUUUUAGAACAGAAGAGUUAUGGUGCAACCCCCAAUCACAAGCCCAUUAAUCUGCAAGAGUUAAAUGAGUUGGUAUCUAUUGGUUUUGAGAGAGAUCUUGCUGCAGAGGCUCUCAGGGUGAAUGAAAAUGAUGUUCAAAAAGCAUUAGAUCUGUUGACAAAUCCUGAAAGAAAUUGUGCCCUUCAGAGUCGACUUGAAAAGAGGAGGAAGUUGGGAGUAUCGGGUUCAUCAGGUGCAGACAUUGAGGAAUUAGUAUCCUUGGGUUAUAACCGAUCAUCAGUUGUGGAUGCUGUGCAAAGGUCACAUACCAAGGAGGAUGCGUUGAAACUUCUUGUCGGAGCAAAUUCAGAGGACAGCCAGCAUGCUACAAUCAACCAACCGAAAGAUGAUCAAGAGCCACCAUCGACUGCUUUAACUAAUGAUGAUAAAAUGGAUCUGGGAGAAGAACACAAAUAUCCAAGAGACGAAGUCAUGGAAGACGAGCUUGCGAAAGAACUGACAGGUGAUCCAUUGGCAGACUACGACAUGGAAGUAAUGAAAGAAGGAGAGGCCAUAGCAGAGUAUUUGGCCCUUCUGGAUUCAAAAGCCAGUGCAACAUAGGAAAUAAGACACACACAGGUUCUUCGAGAAUCCAGUAAAUAAGUAACAUACUUUUAUAAAAGAUACGAGUGUGAUUUCUUUUCUAAUUAGCCUUAAGGUUUCUUUUUUCUCUUUCUGUAAUCAUCAUUUCCAAAAGAGUUUUUAUGUAUGUCUGGCACUGUGCAUCCAGUAGCGGAGAGGUCAUAUAUGGUGUUCUAUAUUUAAAGUAUCUUGCUUUAAGGGAAAAAGCCAGAACUAGUUGUUACCCUAAA